GCAGCCAGAUUUAUUCACCACCUCUCAGUAUUCGGCCGUCGUGUCGUGGCAGCAUCGCAUCGCGCCAGUUAAAGGCGAGAAACUCACCGUGCGAAUCGGACGCGAAUCUUUCCUUUGUGUCGGACGAUAGAAUCGAAUUGAAAGGCUUUCGCCCCCCGAAACAAAGGGCAUUGUUCGCCUUGCUGUCGCCGCGAGUGAAACGUAUGGUGGUUCCCGGUAGUUCCUAAAGUGAUUGUUUCCAAUGGAUUAGGCAGCGAUUAGUUCUGGAAGUGCGAAAAUAAGCGAUCAUCGACUGUUGGACAGUUUUUCCAAACAGAAGCUAAACGAAGAAAAGAAGUGUCAGCGUAAAUCAUACGUAAUCAAAGUAAUAAACGUUCAACUAUAACCAAGUGUUUCAACAAGUUAGUGCAGAAUCAAGUACCAUCAACUCUGGAUUAAACCCGUGAGUUGCGAACGUGGCAGAAAGGUGAAUGCUGAUAGUUAAACCUACGCAAACAAUUCGCACGCUGGGUGCAUCGAACAAGGAAUGGGUCGCGUGUAAGUGUGUCAUUGGAAUCAGCUGGUAAAACAAUUCUGAUAAUAGCAGGUUUGAAUUAAUUGGCAACGUCCGCAGUGUUUGGUGAUGGGAGUAUAAUUGUAAACUAGGAAACCUUUAGUAGAACAUACGUAUUGAAGCUAAGGCCAAAUAUGUUAUAUCUGAAGAUUGCUGAAUAUCUUCUGAGAUAAACACAUGAGCGAUUACAGCAACUAAAACAGUCGCAGAUUCAGCCAGCAAACUUUUGUAGCUUCAUCACUAAUAAAGGCCAUGUAAACGAACUCCCCGUUGGUGUUUUCCAAAGAAACUGCUCUCCUACAAAGAUUCCAGAGUGUCAUCCUAUGGCAUUUCUCGUCAACCCUACUGGGGAAGUGUUAACAACCCAAGUGUGAAAAGCUGCCACACAUUCAAUAAAGUGCAGUAUAAUUACCUCUCGAAAAAAAGAGGACCCAACACAACCCGGGAAUCACACCGUCGAACAAAAAAAACGGUUCCCCUCAACUCGAGCGUUUCGUUCGACACUUUUGCUCAAGUGCUUUUUGGUUCGUUAUUUAACUCAAGUGAAAAAUAUGAUUUUGUAUCACAUCAUACCGUUCGUCCUUCGUCGUCAUGUGCAGCCAACAGGCACUAGUGGUUGACGUUUCCCGGGAAACUUUUUUAUUAUUUCCCCUUAAUGGCAUUGAAACCGUGGCAGUAGGUAAAAGUGCAGUAUAGUAGUGCUUCGGAAACAACAGAGAAAAAACGCAAUCCUCCGAGCGGAAAGUAUUAAUAACUGGAACAGGCCAGCAACAGCUAGUGCUCCUGGCGGGUACCAUAGUACAUACAUUGAUGUCCUUCAUCGUUGCCGUACCUACUCGUCUUCGUCAGUGCUGGCGUGUCGGUGGACUACGGACUGAACACGGUGGUAACGGACAUUAAACCACAUGGCCUCUGCCACCCGAGAGAGUACCGUGUGCUGCUUUCCCUCCAGUGAUAAAUGGCGUGACAGAGCUUAAAUUUGAUACCGAACCGAACAAGGACCCAGAAAUGAAAAUAAUUGCCCCUGCUUUAGAGUGCGGACCUAGGCCAAAAACCGAACCAAACCGUUAUUAAAUGCAUAAAUUUCAUCCUGACUAUCGAAGCUGAACCCUGGUGGUGGUAGAAAUAGCACAUUGCUGCAUCGCCACACACCAUCCUACACUGACGAAUGCACACAUGUAGAUGUGGGUAGAUGCUGAGGCCGAGGGUAACAACAUUGAAAGCUCUAUGCAGUUCAGUGAAUCAGAAAGCAGAGCAACCCCCUCAACAGCAGCAAGAACAACAGCCACGACAACCAAACGAAAAGUGAUCCCCUGUGGGUUAGAAUAGGUGCAUUGGUUGGAACGGGGUGCAUCGGAGUGGAGAGAGGCCUUGUGGUUUCCAAUGUUUGCAAUCCGAAUCAAAUCAAUACCGGCGAUGUGUUCCAGAGCUAGCACAAGCACCACUGGCAGCAGAAGUAGUAGUAAUGUUCUGAUAGUUAGUGCUCUGUUUUUAAUAAUUGUAGAAAUAAAUCAAACCGAUUGCAAUUUCAUACUGCCCAAAGUGGGUACAGCCUCGGGAGGGUUGCUGAACAAUGACGAUGUUAGCAUUAGUACCAGCAGCAGUAGCAAUAGUGGUGAGAAGUCUGCCUCCAGUUAUGAUGAGACGACCAGCAGCUAUUCGACGACUGCCGGGGGAUCUACUGGGAGCACCAGUAGUCCCAUCAACAGCAAUGCAUCCUCAGCCACAGCCUCUUCGUCCGGUCAGAAUGCCAGCACGGUGAACGGCUUCGAAGGACAGAUACCCCUGGAACGAUUGCCAUCCAAUACUUUGCUCAAGUAUACUGCCUACAAGGACGUUUCGAUUCUACAUUUCCGUAUACCGACCGAUACCCGUACCGCCUUCUUUAGUUUUAAGGCAUACGAAGAAUCUAAAAGUGCCUUUCAACGUGUGUGUCAACCGAACGACAUAACGUUACACCUGAAAUCUGGCAGCUAUCCAGUGAUAAGCCCGGAAAAUAUAACUUUCCCGAAGCAUUUUCUCAGUGCGGAUGAGAGAUUCGAGAUCCACAAUUUACAAUUUAAGUCCGACAGCAUAACGAGGCGGCUGAGCAUAGAUGGGCCUCAUCCGGGCAAUUGGUUUGCAGUGGCGUUCAUCAGCUGGACCGAUCCAAACAACGAGCGCAUCGAACAACAAGGCCUCGCUCCGUCCUGUGAGACGCUCCUAAUGUCUGAAAUGGCCGUGGCGCGCAUCACACCGGUUAUUCUGAAUGCUCAAACCUCGUACCGAGACACGAUGAGUGCCAACCAAACCGAGCCCAAGAGUUACAAGUUUUUCGUUCCCAGCGAUAUUUCAAUGGUGACGUGGCGGUUGCAAAUCAAGCGUCCCUGCAACGACUGCAGCGAUGUGAGCUUCUCCGUGCAGGCACACGCUUUGCCAACGCACAAGGACUACCUUCAGAAUGCCAUAAUAUGCCCCAAUCAAACGGGAGAUAUCAGCAUCGACUUUUAUCCACAGGAAAGCGCAUGGCACUACGUAGAUGUAGACUUCUUGAACGAGUCCGACGAGGGGCACUCGAAUCGGUCAUCAGGUGAGGCAAAGGCUCUCGAACUAGAAUACGUCAUAGAAAUGGAAUUCGAAUCAGCGAUAGUGGAACGUUCAGAAGACGAGCAUAAAGAAUCGACUGAAGAGAGUGGGAAGCAGACCGUACUGCAACGAAGAGGCUUCGAGCAGUACGCACUACUGCGACAAACCUAUCGCGAGUUUUUCAUGUUCGACUACGACCUUCUACCGGACAUAAACGGGACCGUACCACUUACAUUGAAUUUGAGCGCAGGAACUCCAGCAUUGAUGAAGUUCGACGUUAACGAUGUGUAUGACAUCGGAGGCACGUUGAGUUUCGCCGUCGCCAUGCGCCAAGAUAUGAAGAGCAUUCUGAUUGAUGCUCACCAAGCGAAUAGUAACGACCACGUUGGCGUAGUGGCUGAGAAGCUGAUCGACAUUCAAGAGAAUUUUGUAGAAGAAACUACAACGACGACAAGCACAACGGCGGCGCCUGCCAGCACUGCCCAGGACACCAAUCGAAGUAAUCAAACCGUAAUCGUUUGUAUGCGACUGGGUGAGCCAGGAAUUCCAACCUGGCCGGAUAAAUGCGUCUAUGGAAGACAUAUUUUCCCCGCAGCCAUCACGAUCAACAAUACCGAUUCAGACACCAGCACGGGCCUGGUUCACAUUCCGUUUCCGGAACCUGGCAAAUGGUAUGUGACUCUGGGAGUCUUCUGCCAUGGAGCAGAAACAGCAGCUAGGAUAACCAUCAUCGACAGUGUGAAGGAGUUUAUCAAAAAAUACCGGGAGGUUUUGUUGGACAUGAAACAGCCAUGUUCUUGCGCGGAAUUGGCAAAUUACUAUAAAGAGUGCCUGGGAAAUGAGAGCUGUUUGACGAAAAUGAACGAAACAGAAACGUUGAAGAUUAAAGAGUGUAUAAUGGAUGCAAAGUGUACCGAUGCGUAUGAUGAGAUGGCCAAGAAAUUUGAGGUUCAUCACAAGUAUGCGACAGAGCAAAGUGUAGCCGCAGAUACGGGAUGCAAUGGCAGUGUAGUGUUUACAAUAUCGUCUAGUCCUUGUGUGGCGGGGCGAUGUGGGCGAUUUGGUAGAUGUUACCACUACAUGUCAGGAGGUUUCGUCUUCUCGACUUGUCUAUGUUUGCGAAACUAUCGAGGUUGGGAUUGUACCGAAGACUCUCAAGUUCCGUCCAGUGCGUCGAUUCUGCUUGCCUCGCUAAUGUUAACGCUUUCGAAUUUAUUAUUUUUGCCUAGCAUUUUCUUCGCCGUAAAACGAGGCUAUUACACGGAAUCGAUCAUCUACUUCUUCGCGAUGUUCUUUUCUACUUUCUACCACGCAUGCGAUUCGGGCGAGGAAGAAUUCAGCUUCUGUCUCGUCAAGAUCGGUGUUCUACAGUUCUGUGAUUUCUACUGUGGCUUGCUGGCAAUUUGGGUUACACUGAUUGCCAUGUCCAACAUUCGGCACCAGUUUGUCUCUCUGUUGCACAUGCUGGGAGCGAUUCUUCUUGCAUUUGGAACUGAACUAAAUAAACAGUCCCUUUGGGUGUUCCUAGCUCCAGCGUUAACGGGAAUCUGCCUAAUAUCCGUAAGCUGGGGUCUUCGUUGUCGCAAAACGAAGAAAUGUUUCCCUUCGCGAGGCUACUUGGCCGUCUACUUACCAAUCGGUAGUGUGCUAGUAAUGGUCGGCCUCGUCUGCUAUGCCUUCUUGCAGACAAAACAAAACUAUCAUAUCGUACACUCGAUCUGGCACAUGGUGAUGGCCUUAAGUAUCCUCUGCCUACUACCGGGUCGGAAAACAUUCCAACCAAAAUGCUAGCAUACGGUGAUGAUCUACCUAUUAAAUUCCUCCUCGCAAUCGUCCAAUUCAAUGUCAACGGCGACCACUUCGGGAACGAGCCCGAACGUCAGUGCUACCACAACUACAGUGGCCUCGCCGUCGGCGGUGCAAACGGGAGAGGAAGUCUCCACCAUCACCGGUCCACGUGGAGAUAUCAAUCCUAUUAAUUGUACACUACAGCGCAACAGUUCCGUCGCGACAGCUAUUACCGAAAUCACUCCGUCGGCAUCACUUGUAAAUAAUCUAUCCGAUGCCACCGGCAACAACAGCAUGUCGUUGUCCUCUACGUAUUCAUCACUCGCUUCCGCAAGCACCACUGUCACCGUUGCCAGCAGCAGUGGCACGAGAUAGAAUCCGGGGAAAGGCAUUAAUUAACGACCCUUUACCACCCGCGCUACUACGCUCUAUAUGGCGGAUGACGGCAGCGGCGGCAACAGCAAAAACAAGCACCACUGUGUUGUAGGUUUUAAGCAUGACCCAAUCUGAUGUUAACUGUUUCUGUAUAGCACCGGGAACUAAAUUGAAUGAACGCAACAAUCUCAUCAAAAAAAAAAAAGCCGGAUAGACAUCGCAUAUAGGGUAGAAUAGAGAUAGAUAGGGAUGAGCAUGCGAGAUUUCGUCGUUCUAGUCUGAUACAAUCAACUGGAGCAAAUGGGGAUGAAAGAAGCGUUUAUAUGGGAUAUUGGAUAGAAACCAAACAAACAUGCGUUACUAAUCUUAAUUGUUUCCCGUACCAUCACUACCGAGCUAGAAGUGUCAUCUGCUGACAGGUUUGCUUAGCGAGAUGAAAGUGAUGUGUUACCACAGGAAUGGGUUAGUUAUUUUUAUCUUGAUGCUAGAUUUUCAGUUGGAACUAUCGAAGUCUGAGCUUUCACUUCAUGACCAUUCGUCAAGGUGUUACCUUCCAUGUCCCUGCACAUUUUGACCAGCGGACAUUUGGCAUGGUUAAGGCACGACAUCUAUCAUAUAUUUCACAAGGGAAAUUUUAAGAAGAACUUUUUGAUAAAUUUCUUGUAAAGUUCUAUUAAUUUGUCAGAAAUACUCUAGUUUUAAAACUAAUCGAGCUUGACACCAGUCUUUUAAAAUUUAUCCAAGAAUUAGCCCGAAACUAAUCUUUGGGGCUUUCCAUGAACCACGUGGUCAUUUUUCUGGAUUUCCCAAACAUCUCUGCUCGAACUACAAGCUUUAGUUGGACAAUUUUCUUAAUAAGCAUUAAGGACAAGGUAUUUGGGGUACAUAGCUCAAUUUUUCUAGAGCACCGUUUUUUAGAACCGGUGAACGGAUAUGGCUGUAAAUGCAUCACGCUGAUUGUUCAGUGGCUGUCAUCAGCGUGAUGCAUUUUGAAAAAAAAACGGUGCUCUAGAAAAUUUGAGCUAUGUACUCCAAAUACCUUGUCCUUAAGGCUUUUUACGGCAUCAUCAGCAUUGUUAGCCAUGUUGGAUAUAUGGCUCUAAAUUUCAAAGUGAUAAUUCUCUGCCACCAUAGCGAAUAUUCGUCUGAAAAAGUAUCACCCUAAUUGCUCACUCGCAGUGAAUGCGAUGAUACUUUUUCUGCUGCGUUGCUGCAGAAUUGACAGUUUUUUAUCACUUCAAAAACGCGAGGCAAACAAUCAUUGAAAAGCAAAAAGUCAAUGAUUCGUGUGAAAACCUAGUGACGCAUCAUGACACCUUAAGGUGAAUAUAUGACGAAGCCACACCUCAAAUUUUCAAGACCACAAAUCUAAAGAACCGAAUGUCGGUUUGAGCUGAAAAGUUGAUCGAUUGGUUACCCGCUGGUGGUGACCAAUCGAUCAACUUUUCAGCUCAAACCGACAUUCGGUUUUUCAGAUUUGUGCUCUUGAAAAUUCGAGGUGUGGCUUCGUCAUAUAUUCACCUUAAUGAUUAGCGUUUUGAUAGCGUUGCAAACCAGUUCGAACUACAUCACAGAUAUUACGUAAGGUCCUAUUAUGUAAUUCUCGGAUUGAAGAAUAGGGGAAUUUCCUCAAUAACUUUUCUAAAUUAGAACCCCUUACCAAGACUACGUGUUUAUAUUUAUAUUAUCCGAAAUAGGGGAAAUUGUGUAUUUGUGGCAGUUUUGUUCUCUUCGUCAUGGGGAUUUUUCGAAAGCUGUUCAACUCAAAGUUGGCCUCAAAUUCUGCACAAUCAAGCUGAAUUAUACGACCAAAUUUCAGAAAAAUUGCCCGACAAAAACCCAUCAUGACGAAGAGAACAAACCUGCCGUAGCCCUAGGUUGACUAUCGUAUUGAGUUUUCAUGUGUAGGUUUGUCAUCAAUAUUGCAUAUGCUUUUAUUUAUAGAAGAAAGAAACUUUAAGAGGUACUCACCUCUGAGAUUUAUGUUGGUCCUUCACCAUACUGUGCGAUCUGCAUUUGCAUCAUAGCCAACCACGAAGGAGAUUUGGUUAUAGGAGACAAGAGCUGUUAUCUCUGGGACAGGAAUACCAACUGCAUCUUCGUAUGCAAACUGACAGCCACGAUACAAUGUCUCCCCGAAUGAAUUCUGUAAUGAGAAAACAUUUAAUGCUGUUGUGUGUCAGAGCAAGAGCUAGCUGUCAUCAUAUACCAACUUGCACGAGUUUACGGUACUUGUUUUAGCUGUUUGACCCAUGGCUCUUGAAUGCGCGUCACGAACGUUGUUCUUUUGGAAUUCUCCAACAGAGUACAUCUGUUGUGUUCUAGACGUGAUUUUUCGUAUUAUUUAGAUAAUCCGCUUUUCCGGAUGGCAUUGGCCAGUUCUGUAUACCGAAUACUGAUUUGCAAAAAGUUAAGCAGACUAGAUAUCCUCAUCAAGUCAGGUUUCAGUCAAAACUAUAACGUCAUAGUCAUGUUCAGAGAUAGCCAGGAAAAAAUCGCCAAUUUUAGUCCGUAAUCCACAAACAUUUUGGCAGUAAAUUCGUAAUUCGUAAUUCCUGUAGUGUUGGGUGUGCAUUUGGAUUCGUCGGGUCCGGCACAUAGAUUGCUGGACCAGAAUCUGCAGGCGGUACAGGGUUAAAAAAAUGCUGGGUCCUUCGUACCUCAUCCUCAGUAAAUUGACGGAAUACGAUCCCUUAUGGUCAAAAAAUAGAAUCCAUAGCUUUUGAUGUCAACUCAUAACGAACAACUAUCUUAAAUGAGAUGGAUGACAGAGUUGAAGGAGACCGACCUUUCGGUAUUAACUAUUUCGCGGUGACUUCAUCCGUAUACAAGCAUUCUUUGACGAGUUUCUUGAUAUUCGAUUCAGAUGCUUCCGGAGAUAUUAUGUUAAGAUAAAUUCAGAACUUAUCGACGGGUCUAUCUACACGGGACGGGAAAGGGUUGGCUGUUAUCAGAUCAGUUCCACGAAGUAUUUUGAACGAGUGAUAGGAUGUCGUACCUCCAUCGUCACGUCUUCUCUUGGGGGAUUUGGAGGAAUGAUCAAACUUAAAUGAUCGAAGAACUGGAGACAAUUUGUUGAAUUCUCCUUCGAUCUCCUGCCUGAUCUCGGCAAUCAGACUUUCUUUGAUCUCGCACUUCAUUUCUUCCAUACAUUUCGACUGUGGCAGCCGACAUUUCCGAUGUUUUUGUUGCUGGUUGUGUCUACUCAUUUCAAGUCACAUGAAUCGCUAGAGGAAAGAGGAAGUUAAUAUUGAGGAUCAACUUCCUACGUUCGCGAACAGUCUCGCAUACUGCUCAUAGCUGCGUAUCUCUGAAAGUGUAGAAGGAAAAAAAUACAUGAAUUCAAAAUUAUUUGCUUUACACAAAAUCAAUUGCUGUAUGCUCAUUAACUAUCCUUAACUGUAUCAUUUAAUUUGGAUUCUAUCUUCCGGUAACAGAAGAUACGACCUUUCUACAGUUCUACAGUUCUUCAUUUCUUCCUUUCAUGCUCCCAUUUCCCUUUCCUCUUUCAUCAGUGUAUGUGCCUUUGCUACUACAUGUCAGCAAAAUUCAUCUUUAUCGUACCAUCACAACCCUCGUCAUAAAACAAAUCCCGUGUUGCACUCAAUUGGCAACAUGGGUUUCCCAACAUCCUGUCUCUAUAAUUAAACGAUCAAACAUACAAUCCCUCGCUAAAAAAACAUCAACAUUCUUUCAAAAAAAAACCGGACACAACAUUCCCCGCACCCAACUGGGUCUGUUUGUACAUUCCAUCUAAGUUCAUCAUCUCCCGCGGUCUCCGCUGGUCGGCGUAACAUUUUCGAUUGCGAAAUGGGUACAUAUUUGUACAACUAACUGGAGUUGAAAUUUCCCACGAAACCAAACCAAACAAUCCCAUGUAGCCCACUGCACACUGCACACACACACACAUUGCACCCCCGCACUCACUCAAGGCCACAACGCGCCGCGUGAGCUCUUCAAACCCCGUUCGAGAGCACGCGGUAUUUGCACUUCUUCUGGACCCCCACGAUGAAAGCCUGCCAGGAAGCUAGAUGUUUUUUACGCUAAACAAAUGCGGAAAAUGGUCACUUAAUAACGAAAAAAAAAGAGGACUAAAUUGUUGGACAUUCCGUGUCAAGUAAAGGGUGUUAAUGUGUUUGUGUUGUAUAUUCAAAUUAACUAUAAGUUCUUUUCCUAUGAAGCAUUGAAACGUGGUUUUAUAACUAGUUAUGGUUUUAUACGUUGUUUUUAGUUUUAAUUUAGCUAGAGAAAUCAAGCAAAACAUUGCUGAGCUUACGAAAAUAGAGUAGCAUUUUUAAAGACUCCUGAUUUGCUUUUAACAUCCAAUACAAUAUUAAUGAAUCAAAUAAUUCCAUAUAGAUUCGACAUGGAACUAAUUCAGUUUGUGCAAACAAUGAAGAAACAGCUAUUUUCAACGUUGAUAUAUUACAGCGGAAUCGUGGAAAACUUAACACAACAUUCAGUGUGAACGUGAAAAACAACGUAGAUGUUAUAGGUAAAUGUAAUUUAUUUGAAUUCUUUACAUCACCAAGAUGGAACGAAUUGGUAGCACAGAAUCUUAGGUUAUAAUCGUUCCCGUUACGAAAUACACUGGAGCAUGAUUAAUUUAAGAGGAAAUCCAAUAUGGUGCCCGUUAUUUUUCAAAUAUUCACUGAUAUAAUGUUUUAACACCAAACUCUUUCGAAAACUUCUCUAAGACCUGUACAAAACAAGCCUUUUGUUUUUAAACGAUGAACCACAUUGAAUUUUCCCUUAAAUAGGAGAAAUAAACAACUAAAUUGUGAUCUACUCUAUAAGGUAAAACAAACUGAAAAUAUUUGCACUUAAUGUUAGAAAAUGGCACCAAACAGUAAAACAAAAUGGCAAGAAACUAAAAAAAGUUCUAAUACAAUUCAGCUCAAAACACGAUUCAAGAAUCAAAAGCAAAUCGUACAUUGGUUCAAGCAGCUGUGAUCAACUUGUCACAUGAUUUUAGUAACUAUAGGUCGAACAAAUUUAACACGAAGCACGAAGUGAAUGGUUUUUUGUUUUGGAUUCAAAAAAACAUUCGAGAGAUAAACACUAGAUUAGAUAUUACCGAAACGGAAAACCGAUCCUAUGAUUUACUACUCGCCUGAAGGUUCAAAGAUCGUCGUCGAUAGGGAUGCAAACUAUUACAUCUGUAAUAAAAAAAGAGGAAAAACUAGAGAUGUAAUCUGCAAUGCAUGAGUAAAACAACAAAAAAAGAUCAGUAUAUGGAAAAAGCAAUGGUAAAGAAUUCUACCAAAGAAUAGUGAAAAUAAAAUAAAAGGAAUACUUGCAACUUGUAACAAGCACACAUUUUGUGUCGUGUCUAUAAAUUAGCGGAAUUGUGUAGUAGGAGGGAAGCAAUUGUGUGGGACUCGCUGUAUGUAAAUGAAUUCGAAUGACAACCGAUUACGGAAUACAAGAUUUUUAUAGCAAAUUAA